AGUCACUGUCACAUAUAUGGUUAAAAUGCUUUAAUAAUUGUUUAUCGAUAUUAUCUAAAGCUCACCAAGAGUCAUAGCCACAUGAUCCAUUCCAAAAUGACCAAAAUCAUGACUCGUCUGCCUCUCCUCCACCUUUUCCUCCUCCUAUCCACCACCUUCACCGCAACUGCUUCCAGUUCCGCCUACCCUUCUGUCCCAACGGACUGCACUGUUUCUACAGGGGAUGAGAAACUGGUUCCUGUUAGACGGGAGGUUUAUGAUGAUGGGAGAAUCUUCGAUAUUAGCCACAGGUACACUCCGGACAUUCCAUCAUGGGGGAACAAUGACGGGCUGGGUCAGUUCCUUUGGCUUCCUGCCAGCAUGAAGAAUGGCUCUCUCGCCAAUAAUUCUGAGAUGAAAAUGCCUACUCAUUCUGGCACGCACGUUGACGCGCCGGGCCAUAUGAUUGACCGUUACUUUGACGCUGGUUUUGAUGUCGACACUCUUGAUCUUGAAGUCCUUAACGGUCCAGCUCUGUUGGUUGAUGUGCCGAGGGACAAGAACAUCACUGCCGAAGUCAUGGAGUCAUUGAAAAUUCCCGAAGGAGUGCGUCGUGUGCUUUUCAGAACAUUAAAUACCGACAGACGGCUUAUGUAUACAAGGGAGUAUGACUCUAGCUAUGUUGGAUUUACAACUGAUGGGGCAAGAUGGUUGGUAAAGAACACAGACAUCAAACUUGUGGGAAUCGAUUUCUUAUCUGUUGCAACCAGUGAUCAUUUGGUUUCAGCUCAUCUUGAAUUUUUUGAAAGCAGGGAAAUCAUUCUGGUGGAAGGCUUAAAACUUGAUGAUGUUCCAGUUGGAUUGUAUUCAGUCCAUUGCUUACCUCUAAGGUUGCUUGGUGCUGAAGGAUCACCCAUCAGAUGUAUUCUCAUCAAAUGAUACAUGUAGUGAAUCAAUGAUAUAACUCUGGAAUCUGGAGGGUUCGAAAACUGAUCAGAGCGGCGAGAUAUGUAGCAGAGGACUUUUAUAAAAUGUAAUAAAAGUGGUUCUUUCAAAUAACGAAGAGAAUUGGCUAUCAAUAAAUUAGCUGUUCAUUUA